AUGUUGUCACCAUUUGCAAAGACUCUCGAAGACCUUUCACCAGAAGAUCCAUAUUAUCAAAAGGGAUAUGCUGUUUACUUGUCAUUGAUUACUAUGCGUGACAUGCAUGCCUACUUUAUCGACAAUAUUCACAAAUAUGUUUCGGAUACAAUUGGCCCUUGGCGCUUGCUAUCUGUCGGUUGUGGAAAUGGUCAAUUGGAUUUAGAUCUACUCGAUAUAAUUUCUCAACGGUUUCCCCUACUUGAUAUUGAGUACGUUGGUCUUGAACCAAACCGAUGCCGGUUGGAUUUAUUUAAAAAAAAUAUUUCCUUAUAUCCAUCUGUAUCUCGUUACCAUUUUCAAUUGGAACAGAUUGAUCUUGACGGCUAUGAAAAUAGAAAAAACAGUGAGAAAUUCAAUCUGAUUUUAUGCGUACGCGUUCUAUAUUAUAUGUAUGACAAGCUUGAAUCGACGUUUAUGCGCCUUAUUAACAGAUUAACAGUAAAAGGAAAGCUUCUCGCUGUUCACCAAUCUCCAAGUGGCAUUGUUCAAAUCAUUCAUGCUGCAGGACUCGAACAACAAUCACCAAUUCAAAGCUGCAAUACUUUUCAUUUACGACAAGCUUUGGAGAAACUCGUUUCUCAGAUGCCUUCCUUACAUUUUAGCAUAACCUAUCUCGACAAUUACGUGGACAUAAGUUGCCUAAAAAAUAUCAAUUCGAACGAUGAAUCUGAACGCGAGAACGCAUUGAGCUUGUUUAGCUUCUUUUUGAACAAGAAGCUGACAGGAAUUGAUCGAGAACUGGUGGAAAAGACUGCUAUCGAAUGUAUUCUGUCACUAGUUGCUUUUCGCAAAGCAGGCAAUACGGACUCAUGCUUGAUGUUUCAACCGAUCGGUAUCGUUUCGCUAGAACUUCAAUCUUAA